AUGGUCGACGCAGCUUAUUGGCAUCCCACCUUCAAGCAGACGUACUUCUUUGGAGGUCGUCGCUACGCUCGUAUCAAGUUUUCACCCGCAACAAAUGAUGAUAUGAUUAGCUGGGGCCCCGACAAAAUUUCCGAGCGCUGGCCAUCUCUUGUUUCCAUUGGGUUUGGCACAGUCGAUGCCAUCUUGCCCGUCGAAAACAGCCCAGACGAGCUGUUUGUUUUCCACGGCAGCAAAGUUGCCCAAAUCAAAGUUGUCCCUGAAUCAAAUAAUGAUACAGUGGUCGGUGGACCUUGGCUCAUUGCCGAGAAAUUCAAGGCCUUGGCAUCGACCGGGUACGACACAAUUGAUGCUGCAAUGCCCGUUCCUAAAAAACCCGGUGAAGCAUACAUCUUCCGAGGCACCAGCUACGUCAAGAUAAACGUGAAUACACACAAAAUCGUGUAUGGUCCUGCCAAAAUUUCGGUCGAGUGGCCAGCCUUGACUGCCGCCGGAUUUGACUCUGUCGAUGCGACGCUUCCUGUGCCUCAGGAUGAUAGAGGCUUGACCUACUUUUUCAGAGGAGACAAAUAUGUCAAGCUUGAAGUUAUUGCUUCCGCUGCGGACAUAAUUAAUUUUGGCCCGGCGCCCAUUCAGGACUAUUGGAAGUCUCUCGACUGGAUCUGA